AUGAUCAUGCAACCCAAUCAGAUUUUAAUUCUCGGAGGAGGCGUUGCUGGACUCUCGUCUGCCAUUGCUCUUGGUCGCCGUUUCCCCUCUGCAAAGCUCACGAUCAUUGACAAAGCUUUGACUUCCCAACGCGACCCGGGCUUUGGUAUGUUGCUGAUGAUCAACGGGGUGAAGGCUCUUCAGGAUCUUGGAGCCUCUGAAAUCCUUCAAGACUUUCAGCCCAUCAAAAGGAGCCUUAUCAAGGCCAAAAACGGAGAGGUGGUCUUUGAUGAAACGUUCGGGGAAGGGCAGAUCUACUGUUGCUCUCGCGAAAAGCUUAUUGCUGGGUUGGAAGCAGCAUUCCAGCGGAACGUACCAACGUUUGAGCAGCUCCACAAGAGGUGCGUUGCGGUUGAUGUCUCGGCGACGGGUUUCGUGACGAAAAUCACAAUGUCCGACAAAACCGAUCUCUGCGUCGGCCCAGAAGAUCUUAUCGUUGCCGCCGACGGUGUGCACUCGGUGCUCUGCUCCACUCUCAACUCUGGCAUGGAUCGCCCAGUCAGUACAGUCAACGAGCUUGUGUCUUCCAUAUAUGCUCCUGAGCUCGCCGAGCAAAUCGGUAACACCUUCCACAAGACCGUAAUGUGUGCAGAAGGUCUUGGAUUUGGUCUGGUGGCCCCGACUGCCACUCACGUCAUUGGUUUCAUUCAGUUCGAUACCUCCAAGCACACCAUCCCAAAGUCCACUGAAGAACGACGAGCUUUGUACAACUUGGCAGUCUCCAAGAUUGAUGCUUGCAACCCGCACAAGGAGUUUUUUGCCAAGUAUGCUUCCAUAGUCGAUGUCGUGGGAGCCUCGCACAUUUGGAAGCCAAUUAACUGCGAGUUGCCCUCCAAGCUACAUGUUAAGAAUGCAGUGUUGGUUGGAGACGCUGCUCACCCAUUGUUACCCUUCACCAGUCAGGGAGUUGCGGCUGCCCUCGAGGAUGCACUGGCAUUGGCUGACGCUUUGGCACCCGAGGCGACUAUCGAGUCUUCCCUCAUCAAUUUUGAACGAGUACGUCGUCCAAUUGUAAACGAGUAUCUACAAGGAGGGAAAAGAAUCCUCAAGGACUUUCUCCAACCCGACGGAUCAAUUACAUUGCAACCAUACUGUGAAGGUAGAAGGCAAGAGGCCAAGGCUCCAGAGACAACCACAUUGUUCACCAAUGAUCAAGUGGACUUCAAACAGCUGUCCAAGAAGGCAUACAACUACCGAUGGGCAACUCUUGGAGAGGGCAUCAUUCCUUUGACAGCCGCAGACUCUGACUUUCCUAUUGCCCAGCCGAUUCGAGAAGCCAUGCACGAGUACAUUGAAGACGGCUACAUGAACUAUGGCCCAGCAACAGGUCUUCCAGAGCUCAAGGAAGAAAUUGCGGACAAGCACGAUUGCGAUGCAGAUCAAGUUUUCAUCACGAAUGCGGCUGCUUCGAGCAUGUUCCUCGUGGCUCAACAGUUGGUCAAGGAUCCGAACGACGAGGUGCUUCUCGCGGAUCCCAUUGAUUUCUUGUUUCAACGUGCUGUGGAGCAAGCAGGGGGUGUUGUCAAGCGAUAUGCCAUUCACGCUCCUGACAAACACAACCCAAACAGCCAUUGGUCCUUUGAUAUUCAAGACUUGAAAAGGUUGAUAACCCCAAAGACCAGAGUGUUGGCGAUUUGCAACCCCCACAACCCAAUUGGACGCGUCUGGAACCGCAAAGAGCUGGAAGCACUAACCGACCUUGCCAUUGAGUACAACCUCAAAAUUUGGAGUGACGAGGUCUGGUCAGAUAUUGCCUACAAUGGAGACUUUAUCCCGACCGCAUCCUUGGGACGAGAUGUCGCGGCACUGACAUACACUGUGCUAGGAUUUAGCAAAGGCUAUGGAUUGGCUGGACUUCGACUGGGUGCCAUUAUCGCUCCACAAGCAAGAGAUGUUGAAGAGAUAUCAAAGAGGAGCUUGGCGGACGACACAGGCUACGGGGUUUCGGUGCUUUCACAAGUGGCGGGGUUGGCUGCCUUGAAACAAGCCGGGUACUGGCAGAGGGCGUUUGUGAACCAUGUCCGAGGCCAAUGCCAACGCUCGGUUGACAGACUGAACAAGAUGCCGGCUGUCCAUGCUACGAUGCCCCAAGGCACCUUUGUCGUUUUCGCAAACGUAUCAUCCUACCUGGAGAAGUCUGGCAUGAACGAAGAAGAGCUGGUAGAGUACCUAAAAGUCGAAACGAAGGUCGCUCUGGUUCCUGGAAGCCCUCGUUUCUUUGGCCCCAGCGCAGCAGGGCAUAUUCGCAUAUCAGUGGCAACAUCAGAAGCAGUCCUUGAGGAAGCAUUGAAUCGUCUUGAAAAGGGAUUGGCAACACUUCUACUCCGAUGCAAUCAUCUACCCGAAUCAAAAUCGACUGUUGCCGAAGAAAUGGUUCUCCCGAGGAAGCUCCUCAACACGGUGAUCCUCCAGAACCAGCAGUUUCGAGGUGCUGUCAAGCCCCCAUGUGCACGCCGCGCAGCAAGCUUGGGGUGCCCAGCCAGUAGUCAUCGCAGCUAA